AUUUUUUUGCCAGUCGUUACAGUAAUAUACCGGAAGAGGCCAUUGGGCGCAUGCCGUUCUGGGGUAAAUCGACAUCACAGUUUAUUUUGUUAUCAGUAACUUGUUACCUCUCGCCGGUAGUCGAGUAAAAUAUGUUAAUAAACAUGUCACCGUGCGGCUCAACUAUGGAAGAACAGCUUUCGUCGAUAAUGGACGUGCUUGCGAAAGCGGCUGUAUCUGAAAUUAGCCAACUGUUCUCGGAAGGGUCGGCUACUCUUCAGUUACAAAUAACUCGGAGCCGCGAAGAAAACGAAGCGCUGAGGACGAGGAUGAAGGAGAUGAGGAGUGAGCUGUUUUCUUUGCGGCUUCAGACAAGAUCGAAAGCAUCGGGUGCGGCAAGUCGUUUUGCACUGGCUCGAGACAACAUCGGCAAACCACGGACUACAUCACAGGGAAAUGAAUCAUCAUCAUCAGGCUUGAAGCCCCUGAUAUACCACAAGGCGGUUGGACAUUCCCCUUUUCAUUCACCAUCCAAAAGUGUGGAGUCGUCAGUUACAAGUCCAGCAGAGGGGACCCCCGGAAUAAUUUUAAUCAAGAUUGAAGAAGACAUCAGUGGAUGCAGGCCAGCAGAAGACUGCAAUGCCUAUGGAGGCCGAAGCAUGCAGAGCGCAGCGGCCUCUGAGUUUCUACAUGUGGUCGCCCCCAGCUCCUCCCACGUGUCCAGUCAAAACGCGGAGCUGAGGAUCCUGAGUGUCCGCGGACUGGCCGUGGAAGGCCAUGAAACCCUGUUCAACGUGUCCGAAUUGGAGGCCCUAAACUCGCUGUCUGCAGACUGCAGCGUGGCCAAGAGCCUGGACUGUGGCGAGCGGUUGGAUUGCCGCAAGGAGCUGGCUGUGCAGAAGGAGACCCCAGACAACAUUUUGAUCAAGGUGGAAGAGGAUAUUGGUGGAAGCAUCCCACCUGUAGAAGACUGCAAUGACAUUAGAGACUGCAGCACACAGCCUGGUGCCACCUCGGAUAGUCUGCAUCCCGAUGCCCCUGGCUCCUCUCACAUGUCCAGUCACAAGUUCAGUCGAGUUCACUCCCUGGAGAAGCCCUACAGGUGUGACCAAUGCAUGAAGGGCUUCAAACGGAGCUACGACCUGAAGAUCCACAUGAGGAUUCACUCUGGGGAGAGGCCUUACAAGUGUGAGCAAUGCAUGAAGCGCUUCAGUCAAAGCUACAACCUGAAGAUCCACAUGAGGAUUCACUCCAGGGAGAAGCCCUACAGGUGUGAACAAUGCAUGAAGCGCUUCAGUCAGAGUUACCACCUGAAGAUCCACAUGAGGAUUCACUCUGGGGAGAAGCCCUGCGUGUGUCUCCAGUGCAAGGCCAGCUUCAGCGAUCCAAGACAUUUGCGUGAGCACAUGAUCAAUGCACACGGGCAUUGGGGUGAGUUGACACGGGUCAACGGGACGCUUUGAUUGACACCUUUAUCCUGUUUAUGUUCAAAUUACUACUUUAAGGUUUUAUCACGAUUUAAAGACGCUUUCGGAUAUUUCUAAAAUAAAUAUAUAUAUUUCAGCUUUAUUGUUAAGAAAUUCUUCACACAGACAUCAAUAACAAUUUUUUGGACACUUCGGAUUGCAAAAUAAUUGAUUACAUUUAAAGCAUGAUCAUGGGAAGAUACAGGCAUUAAAGUUAACAAGUAAACAUUCAAUGAGACGAUGGGUUUACAUGUUUCUUAUUGGGAAACUUUCACAUUGUGGAUUAAUACAAAUAAAACAAAAGUUAGGGGGAGUGACAAUCGUGGAGAAUUUAGGAUCUGCCAUGUUGGGAGGGACCAAGUUAAAUUGCAAUAAAUUAUAGGUGAGGUGGACAUUGCGGCAAGACGGAUAAAGGAAUCUACACAACGAAGAAUUCAGUUGUUUGGCAUGGUCUUAGUAUUAGACUUCGUGGCUACAGAGGAAGGGAGAUAUCUUUAGGUCCAAGGAAUUUAAACAGUUCCUUGUAAAUUGACUAGUAAUUAUAUAAACAAGGUUGAUAUAAUGUUUAAUUAUAUAUUAUAGUUAUUAUUAAUAUUCACACAACACUGUCUUCAGCUCAUUCCAAAGUAUGCUAGACCCCUAGAUCACCCACCAUUUCCAUUACUCCUGGUUGGGUUCGAGCCU